GUGGGCGGGACCGGGAAAAGCCGGGCAGACUGCUGGUGCGCGAGGUGGGUCAGAAGCCGGUAGGAGCCUGCGACGUCGUGCAGUUGUCUGAAGAUUCUUCAAUCACUAUGUCAAGUGACACAGAUGUUUCUCUUUCUUCAUAUGAUGAAGAUCAGGGAUCUAAACUUAUCCGAAAAGCUAGAGAGGCACCAUUUGUCCCCAUUGGAGUGGCAGGUUUUGCAGCAAUCGUUGCAUAUGGAUUAUAUAAAUUGAAGAGCAGGGGCAAUACUAAAAUGUCUGUUCACCUGAUCCACAUGCGCGUGGCAGCCCAAGGCUUUGUUGUGGGAGCAAUGACUCUUGGUAUGGGCUAUUCCAUGUAUCAAGAAUUCUGGGCAAAACCUAAACCUUAGAAGAGGAGAUGCUGUCUUGGUCUUGGUGGUGCUUGCUUUACUUAGACAUCUCAUAUUGAGGUUAUAUGUUUAUGUUAAAAAUAAAUUCUGUGGGUCGGACAAUAACAUAGUAAUUUGAAUAUUGGCUUCCUUUCUUGUAGGCUUGAUUUGCCUAGUGACUAGUUCACUCGCUAGGUCAUUCAGGGGAGUCAGAUUAGCAGAAAAACAUGUCACUUUUAAAUGCAUUUGAUAGUGGUACAGUGUCCACCUUCUUAAACUCUUCUGAUAAAAUUACUUGUAAAGAGGACAACAUGCCAAACCUGAAAAUGCUCCCAGUUGUUGCAGAAUAUCAUAUGCUUUUGAUGUAAUGUAGGAAUCCUAUUUACCCCAGUUAAUUUAACUCUUUCUGACUGCCUUGUGGACUGAGUACUGUUUUUAAGGUCUGGUUGGCUCUUGAAGGACCCUUUCAGAACACUGCACGGAAUAAUUAUAAACCUCCCAGCAACUAUGUGUGUGUUUUUAAACCAAACCUAAAGAGCUGGUAACAGCUGCUUUGAAGUAGUAUCUGUUUCAGAAUCAUAGUUGUAAACAUGAGAAUAACUUAACUGUAGAUCCCCGUUUAGCUGUUUUGUAAUUGCAGAAUUAUAGUUUGCUGCUGUUAUAUUAGAAUAAUUUUUAAAUGGCAUUUUGAAAUAGAAAUGUGUAUUUUAAGUGCUAAUGCAAAGGUAAAUGAAAAAUACUUUUUAAAUGUGUGCAGCCUGUUUAUUUUCUCUGAAAGAAUCAUAAAUGUUAAACUAAAUUGCCUGUAAUGGAAGUGAUGUAUGAGCAAGCUGGUUUGGUCAGACACUAUACAAACUUUGGUAUACUACAGAAUGCUUUGUUGUACUUGUGAAAUUCUCUCGUCUAACCUGAAUUUACAUUCCAUGGUGAUAACAUGGUAAAUGUAGUGUUAUUAAAGUAAGUGAACACAUCAAA